AUGAACCGAUUCCACCGAGCGUCGUCAAAAACGAAACUAUUACUAUUCAUUCUACAGACUGUCAUCACGAUUUUGACGAUCACUGGUACUAUUUACGCUGAUCCAAAAAGUAAAUCGAUCGACUUCCAGUCAUCAUUAGAAGAGGUCCAUCGGGGAGAGGAUGAUGACAACGCGGUAAUCAUUGAUGCCGCCAGUAAUACAGAUAUCCAAACCGAGACGAGAGAUAGUCGUGGUAUACUGUGGAAUGGAAUUCCCAACAGCGAUACUUGCCUGACAUCAAAAGGAGAGAUUGGUCGUUGCACCAGCUUCAAAGAAUGUUAUCCAUAUUUCAAAAUUCCCGAUUUGAGCGCUCUAGAUGGCUGGGUUCUUGGUGUUUACGACACCUGCAGCUAUGUAAAGGGGAAUGGACAAAUGAAUUUUGGAAUCUGUUGCUCCAAUAUACUUCCGGUCGUUACACCACAGUCAGGCGACGAUUCUACUACAGAAAAUAAUCAGGAAAGCAACGACAAUAGGGAGGAAGAAAUGGCCGCAAAACCAAGGCCACAGAAUCCAGGUUCCUGGCCGCCACCGAUCCCAACGCAUCCACCUGAUCAUACCAUACCACCGCUACCCACUCAUCCACCGUAUCUAGAAUUACCAACGUUCUCAACGAUAAAACCAGUUUCCACAUCAAAAAAACCUGAUAUUGCGACGACCUGGCCAACGAAGAAACCUGCCUGGUGGCCAAAUGUACCAACUGUAUCAACGACCAGUGAAAAACCCUCAGGAACUAUUUCGAGCAUCGAUAUGUCUCAAUGCGGUGCAAAGAACGGUAUUCAGGACCAGGAGAGAAUCGUAGGCGGUCAGAAUGCUGACCCUGGUGAGUGGCCUUGGAUCGCGGCACUCUUCAACGGUGGCCGACAAUUCUGUGGUGGUUCACUCAUCGACAAUAAACACAUUCUCACUGCAGCUCAUUGUGUUGCCAACAUGAAUUCCUGGGACGUAGCAAGAUUAACGGUCCGUCUUGGAGAUUACAAUAUCAAAACUAAUACGGAGAUCCGGCAUAUCGAACGACGAGUGAAACGAGUAGUCAGACAUAGAGGCUUUAAUGCACGCACUCUGUAUAACGAUAUUGCGCUACUCACACUCAAUGAACCUGUUUCAUUCACGGAACAAAUACGACCCAUCUGUCUGCCGAGUGGUUCGCAGUUGUAUCCUGGAAAAAUUGCUACAGUCAUUGGUUGGGGUUCCUUGAGAGAAAGUGGACCACAACCAGCAAUACUUCAAGAAGUUUCCAUACCUAUUUGGACAAAUAGUGAAUGCAAAUUAAAAUACGGUGCCGCAGCACCUGGCGGUAUUGUAGACAGUUUCUUGUGUGCAGGACGAGCUGCGAAAGAUUCUUGCUCGGGUGAUAGUGGUGGUCCUUUAAUGGUCAAUGAUGGUCGUUGGACACAAGUUGGUAUUGUCAGUUGGGGUAUUGGAUGUGGUAAAGGUCAAUAUCCUGGCGUUUAUACUAGAGUAACGCAUUUCCUGCCUUGGAUUUAUAAAAAUGUGAAAUAAAAUUCAGACUAGUCUUAGUCAGUUUUUUACCAUUGUCAUCCUCGCAUUAUCAUGUAAUACGCUGACAUCAUGUAAUAUAAAAUUAAGAAUUGACUAAAAAUUUAUAUAUAAAUAAAAAUGAAAAUUUUUAUUUCUAUAA